UCAGCACUGAUUCAUUCGAGCACGAGCUACGCGAGAGACAAAGAUUUUGGCUUCAUUCUGCAAGCUGAUUUUUCCUAUUUGAUGACACCUGAGGUUUUUUAUUCAGAAAAUUUCAGCCCCACCCAGAGGGCAUCUUUAGAAUUUCAGGUUUCUUCACUGCCCAGCCUUAUUAUCAGCAGCAUUCAACACAUUGCCAUUCAAACAACUCAACAUAUGGCUGUGUGGCUCCAUCUCUGAGCACCUGACAACACUUUGUAGUGUUGAAUAUAUGAGUGAAAGUGGAAAGGCGGCAUAUAACGCUCAGUGGCUGUCUAGUAAAAAUGGCAAAUGAGGAACAGCAUUCUUUUCCUGAUUCAUCACUUAAUUCAACAGAAGGUUGCAGUAGCAAUAUAGAUGAAAACAAAAUUACACAGGAGCUGCUAAUCAUACUCAAGAUGGUGGAAUGCAUCCUAAAGAACUUAUGUCAGCAGAAAGAGUUUCCCCUUCAGGAAGAUGGUAGACUUUCUUUUUGUGCAGAAAAUGGAACUCCAUCAGUUCAUAACAUUUUACAUCUUAUUGCGAUGAUUAAAAAUAUAAUAAGUAGCAUCAAUGUGUGUCUAUCAAAAGAUAUAAAUGCAUGUAUACCCAAUACCUCAACACUACAAAAUCAGGAUGCCAGCAACAAAUUUCUGUAUUCAGUGAUUGGAAAUCUUACUGAUGUAGACUGGAAGCACUUCAUCAGAAUUCUUGGUCUAAGUGAUUUAGAGAUAGAAAACAUCAAGCAAAAAUACAUGCUGGAUGUGAAAGAACAGAAAUAUCAAAUGCUACAGGCAAUUAAACAAAAGAAUGGACAAAACAUUUCAGAGUCCAAAAUCAAGGAGGCAUUGAACAUUCUCAAGCUUACGGAUGUGCUGUCCUGUACGGAGACUGGAAGUCAUGUAUCAGCUCCAGCUGCUUUAGGAUCAUCAAGAGGAAAAACCUCUUAACAGUGGCAAAGACCCUGAUCCUCACCAUUCAAGUUCUCAAGAAUAUAAAUGAGCAACAGUAUGCCAAUGAACUGCAUAGUUUUGCUUAUCUCAUUCCUCUGUGAAAUAUAAGGAAUAACACAACAGGAAUCUCUAUUUCAAACUAUUAUCUAAAGACCUUCAGAACAUUUGUUUUUAGUUUUUCAGUGAUAAGGUACCAAGUGGCUUUCUUAUUUCAGAUUAUCUACUCAGUCUUUAACAACUACAAAAUAUGAAUUUUGAACAAGCCCAAAUCUUUCUCAUUUCUUCUCAGAUCUAACACUCCCUUUUAUAUUUGUGGCUCCAUCUGGAAAAUCUGUAAACUAAAAACAUUUUAUCAAAGAGACAGAAACAUACCAUUAUUAAUAUAUAGAGUAUUAGCUAUUUUUAAUAAGUUUAAUAUUCACAGGCUGAGCAAAGUGACAUAAGGGCAUUAUAUUUCAAUAGACCUGAAACUAAGCAAUAUUUAUGUUAGACAGAGGAGCCAGUACUGAAUGAUUUGUUUAAAAAUGCAGUAUUCCUUACCAAUUAUAAUUACAUAUUUGAGAAUUUGCCAGUAUAGUCAAGAUUUUAUUUUUUUCAAUACUGUAACAUUGAUAGAAUGCUAAUGAAACCCUAAGAACCCUUUAACUGACCCCUAACUGAACAAGCUCAAUGGACUCAGUGACCUACUACUCUUCUUAUUUUCUUAUGCUCAAAGACAAUGAGGUCAUUCUGAAAAAGGAGGUAAAACAUCCUUCUUGCAUAUAAUACAUUAAUGAGAGGUUAAUAUGCAUCUAUUUUCUCCUUUUUGUUAUCAUAUGAAUUUCAAAUUGCAAGGAGGCAGUAUUACUUGAUUUCUUCAACACUUUACAGAAACAACUCAUAUUUACACUCUUCAGAUGGAGCUGUCCAAAUGUAAGCCUCCUAAACCAUCUCUGUAUUUGGGAAGAAGACCGAAUAUGUACGUUAAAAGGGGUAUAACACAAAAUCACAGGCAUAAUACUCCAGCUAAAAUAGCUUGGUAUGACAAUAGUUAUGUUUGGAGGAGUUUUUGUAUAUUUUUUAUCAAGGCUCAAAUGUAAGCACUGACAGCAAUUUAACAGCUAAUAAGACAAUUCAGACACUUCAUGUUACAAACUGUACCAUAAACAUAUGUAAUAUAUUUCUGUAUUGUAUAAAUAAUCUACUGUAUUAUUUGACAUAUUCAUUUAUUAUAUUUCUAACAAAUUACUAUUAAUAAACUAACUUAUGCUGAACAAA